CAAAGACCAUCCUUCUCAUGAGUCAUGACUGUUAAGUGAGAGAGAGAGAGAGAGUGCUAAGCAGUGAAGCGAACCUAUAGGUACAAACUAUAUCUACAUAUUAGAGAAUAGGAGGAGAAAGUUGAAGCAAAUUUCAGUAAGAGAGAAGAUAGAGAUGAAGUACCGUUGGCACUAUUUGAUCUCCAUUUCAUGAAUUACUCAAAAAUGUUGCAGCGCCAAAUUAUUUCCAAACAACUGCAGGAACUGCAGAGGAGACAACAGCUCCAAGAGUUGGGCAAUGACAACAGAAACCAGAACUAUGCACAUCAGAUAUCUUUGGCAAAACAGGCUGCAGGGGUUCAGUUUCCCCUUGCAGUUAACGAGAUGGCCGUACAAGAUUCUUCAAGAAUGUUUACGGCUGGCAAUAUGAAAAUGAUGCAACAAAAUGGGCCAAAUGGAUUAUUUCUUUCACAAAAUCACAAUCUUGCUCCUGAUUUUGACGUAUCUUCACAUAGAAUUCAUGCACCGAUUGCUGGUGAGAAGUUAAAUGACUAUUCUCACCUCCAAGGGCUGGCCAAUCAAAACCAAGCCCCUGUAGAGAACUCAUUUUCGGGUCAAAGAUACAAUUUUCCGUCCCAACAGAUUAAUGUGGGGGAUGGGCUGUUGCUUUCCGAUCAAGAGGAUAAUUCGUUCGGGCAAGCUGGAUGUUUCGAUAGAGGAAUUCUAUCUGGUAAUUACAUCCAACAAGGAUUUACUGUGCAGAAAAGUGCAUCUAUUCUGGAAUCUGAGAAAGGGGGUGAAAAUGCUUGUUCCUUAGACCCUUUAGAACAGAAGAUCCUGUACAAUACAGAUGAUUUCAACUGGGAGUCAACAUUUGGCAGAAACCGUGAAAUGAGCUCAAGAGGUUUUGAUAGAAAGGUUGAGAUGCCGUUCAUGCAAAGUGGUAGCUGGAGUGCUUUGAUGCAGUCUGCUGUGGCAGUGAGUUCGAGCAGUGAUACUGGCGUUGAAGAAGAGUGGAGUGGAUUGAGCUUUCAGAAUCCAGAACCAUUGAAUGAAGGUGAAAAGCUUCAGAAUGAUUGGGUUGAUAGGAAUUUGCAGAAUGGCUCAUCUCCAAGUUCAAAGCUGCACGAUAUGGUUCAGAAUAUCGACAGCUUCAGUAAUUUUCAAUCGGCACAAUAUCUUAAACCGAAGGAGGAAUAUCAACCCACAAGAGGCAGUAAGUUGGUUCAAGAAUCUUUAGCUUCACCAAAUAUAUGGUCUGGUAAACAUACGGAGCUCUCAAACAAUGAUGCUCAUCAGAAUAGCAAUUUUUCAUGCACUAAUGAAAACCAUCCACACAAUAACUUAUCAGGUCGUGUACAUACAGGUGAUUUUGGGCCUCAAGGGAUCACAUCCGAUUAUGUGUCUGGCAUCCAAACGAACUAUACUCAGGUGAACAAUAUGAAUAGUCGUGGGUAUUCAGUGAAACCAGAAAAUAUGGCUUCUGAUGGGGUUUGUAGUGGUGAAAAUGUGAUUGCUUCAAGAGAAAGUGUGUUUGAGCAUCUUAACAUGGAUGACACUUCAAUCGAUCAAACAUCUGCAACGCAGUUGAAUGCAAAAGUUUCAAAUCUGAGAAACUUACCCGACGCUGGAUUUAGAUUGGGGCCCACAGACCAUCAGUUGCCACAUUUAUACUCUUCGUUCUCCUUACCGUCGAUGGGGAUCUCAAGUGCAACACCUCCAUUAAAUGAUAUCACAAUGGAUUAUAUUAAAUAUCAGCAUUCAGCUCCACUUCUUCAAAGUCAGAUGGCUACUGAAUUCCCAGUGCAAAGUGCUUCAGUCUCUCAUGAAAAUUCUGAAACGAAAAUUUCCAACUCAAGUGGCUCCGAAGAUCCAGUUUUGCUGAAUCGUAAUGAAGGUUUCCCGCCCUCUCUAUGGCCAGAAAACCACUGUUCUUUUCCGCAUGAAUAUCAACAACUAAAGAAUGAAAAUUCUGUUUUCGAGGGCUCGACUGAGAUAAUUAACACAAAGUUGCAGAGCAGAAGAGCACAGGAGCAAGAUUUAAUGAGAAAACAUCACUCAAAUUCAGCCAAUUCUGGUUCCCUGAUCACUAAUCCGUGCGACCAGGCUUCUAAUGAAGCAGAGAUUAAAAUGGAAACACCUUCAUUUCCUGCCAGGGACAUUGGGCCGUUUCGCCAUUCUUUGAACCAAAAUCACUCUCCUUCUCACCAAAUGCUUUCCACAAGAAAUGAUGAAACUGAUGAAGUUCGGAACUUCCCUCCAAAAUAUGCUAAUAUUAAAAAUGAUCACUUCAUUGGCAAUGCAAGGAAUUUAUUGUUGAGGGCAUUGCAGCACAAAGAUAGUGCAAAAAGGGAUUUGUAUUCUGCUUCAUGGCUCGGUGUUUGGUCCGGAAAAACUUCUAUGCUUCACAAUCAGAACUAUGCCCAACAGGCAGAUAUCUUUUGCCAAAACCUUCCAACAAGCAUGAAUGACACUCCUAGUUUGGUAUAUCAGUCACAUAUCAGUUCAGAAACCGCACCAUCCUGGCUUAAGAAUUACGAGAGACUGAAGAAUGGGCAGAUUCUACCCAUGUAUGAUGCAGCAUCUCAAAAUAAUCCAGCAAAACAGAUGGGUCCUGGGAACUCGCGUGAAAAUAGUUUGAUUAUGCAAGUGGACUUUGUGAACACUAAGCAAUCUGUCACCACUAUGGCGACCAACAAAUCGAGCAGUGCUUGCGUUUUGCCCACUUUCCAGACCUUGGGUCUUUCGAUGCCAAAGAAACGUAAAUUUUUUGAACUUGAUAUGGUACCCUGGCAUGAAGAAGUAAACCGCGGACCAUCGAGGCUCCAAGAUAUUAGCACUGCUGAGUGUAUAUGGGCUCAAGCUUCAAAUCGAAAACCAGAAGAGGCAAGUAAUGCAACUGUUAAUGUUGAAGAAUUCCUCCCAGUGGUUCGAGCAAAAAAACGGCUUAUUUGUACUACACAACAUAUGCAGCAGAUCUUUCAACCUAUACCAGUAAUUAUUCUGUGCUCAGAUGCUAGUCUCACUUGUGAUAGUGUGGCAUAUGUUGCUGCUAGAUUAGAGUUGGGAGAUGCAUGGUUCCUGACUGGUCAGUUGGCAUCUAAUACCAACAACAUGUCACCGUACAAGCUAAAGACUUCAAAUGAAAAAGAAGCCUGCGAAUUCUCAGAACUUGUGAAAGCCUUCAUUGAUCGCAUAAAAAAAGUUGAAGCUGAUUUAUCAAGAGUUGACAAAAGCUUAUCAUUUGUCGACUUCAAAGUCGAAGUGAGUGAAAUGGAGAGAUUCUCGACAAAUAACCGUUUUGCAAGGUUUCACACAAUGCGGGCCCAACCUGCUCCUAAUAAUGCAUUGCCUUCUCACACAGCUACUUUGUUCAACCCUGGCCUUCAAAAAUAUGUAAUUCCACGUGCAAUGCCUGAAAUAGUACCAGAAGGACAAAAUUGUAUUUCCUUGUGAUAGUCAACCAAUCAAAAACCAAUUUUUCUCCAUCCAUGAGACUCGACAAUGCUAUUUAAAAGCUCUGCCAGGAAAAUGCUAGCUUGCUCAGGUGAUGUUUCCGACUCUCGUACUAAUGGUCGGUCCUUUUUUCCAUUUUCAUUUUUGAGGAAGUAUAUAGUUAAAUAUAAUUAAUUUUCUAUAUAUAUUUACUAAAUAUUUAGGACAAUGUAGCCUGUAGGAGCCAGCACUUGACUUUUACGAAUAUUUUAGUAAUUUGUAUCUAUGCACUUGUGUGUAUAAAUCUAACCUUUCUUGCCAUUAGUACUGUAGUAUUUUUUUUUUUCCCUCUGAUCUCUUUGCAGGUAUUAUUAUCAUGAAAAAUAAGGACAGUCAAAUGGAAAUGUUUAGCUUGAACAUAUUGUACUUUGAUGUUUGUUGUAGUUUCUUUGUGCAACUGUUCUCUUACUCAAUUGUCAAUGUUAUAAUAUCAAAUAAGUUAUUUUGUUUUGCCUACAAUUUACUUUGGAAAUAGAAGUUUCUGAGCCGUUGUUUUAAUUAGGAGGCGCACUAGGUCGUGUACCCCAAACAAUGAUUUUAUGUUGUGUUUCAUUAGUUUUUUGUUAGACUGAUUGUCCAGUUACAACGUGAAACCUACAUUUUGUAACAGUUGUG